AUGGCCUCCCAAUCUUUUGUCAUCAGAUCCCCUUGCUCCUCCGCCAAUAUCGGCCCGGGCUUCGACGUCAUCGGCCUCGCCCUGUCAAUGUUCCUGGAGCUGCACGUCACUGUCGACCCACCUGCAUCUUCAACAGAGAAUUACCCCCUCAACUGCAAGAUCACAUACGAAGGGGAAGGGGAGGAUGAGAUUUCCCUCGACCCGGAGGUGAAUCUCAUCACGAGGGUGGCGCUGUACGUGCUCCGGUGUCACGACCAGAGGGCCUUUCCCAAGAACACGCACGUCCAUGUCAAGAACCCUAUUCCGUUGGGGAGGGGGCUUGGGUCGAGCGGGACGGCGGUUGUGGCGGGGGUGAUGUUGGGGAAGGAGGUGGGCGGGUUGCACCAUUUGACCAUGGAGAGGUUGUUUGAUUUUAUUUUGAUGAUUGAGAGACAUCCUGACAAUGUUGGGGCUUCGUUGUUUGGCGGGUUUGUGGGGACUUACCUGAAGCCGUUGACGCCCGAGGACACGGCGAGGGUGGAGAUCCCGCUCAGUGAGGUGUUGCCUGCGCCGCAGGGGGGAGUUGACACGGGGGAUAGACCUCCUGAGCCGCCGGUGGGGAUUGGGCACCAUAUCAAGUUCCCUUGGGCGGGGGAGAUCAAGGCUGUGGCCAUCAUUCCCGAGUUUGAGGUGCCUACGGCGAAGGCGAGGCAGGUUUUGCCGGCGGAGUAUCCUAGGAACGAUGUGACAUUCAACCUCCAGAGGAUAGCGCUUUUGCCGGUUGCGCUGGGCCAGAGCCCGCCUGAUCCGGAGCUGAUCUAUCUUGCUAUGCAGGAUAAGUUGCACCAGCCGUACAGGCAGACGCUCAUUCCGGGGCUGACGGAGAUUGUGGAGAGCAUGACGCCUGCUACGCAGCCGGGGCUGUUGGGCGUUUGCUUGUCUGGUGCCGGGCCGACGAUUCUGGCGUUGGCGACGAGCAACUUUGAGGAGAUUGCCAGCAGGAUCAUCAAGAAGUUUGAGGAGAACAAGAUUACGUGCAGCUGGAAGGUGCUGGAGCCGGCGGAGGGGACGACGGUGGUGAGGACGAAGUAA